AAGGUAAACAAGAGAACAAGGGAAUUAGAACAGAAAAUGAGGAAUAUGAAGACACCAGAACCCAACAAGGGGCCUAUCUAUAUAGUUCAUGCUCCUGGUGAACGGCUUUCGCUAGCAGCAACACCAUCUAAUCCAUGGUUCUUCCGCACCACGGGACCUCGGGUCAACUCCACCAGCCUACGCGAUGUUGGCAGUGAUAGUCACGAAGCUGUUGCGGUUGAUCUUAUUAACAAGAAGAAUGGGAAUUUGAGAAAAGCAUUUGGAGGAAAAAUGACAACGAAGAUCCAAUCCCGAAGCUAGAUCAAGACGAGCUUGGAAGACGAUCGGAAGAGGAUGAAGUGAAAUCUUGGGUCUUCUUUGUGUACUGAAAGCUGAAAGAAAAAAUAAUACAACUAUGUUCUAAUAAUGUUGAAAUGCUAGCAAAAUAAAUAUUGAAAUAAAAGCCGUAUAUGCUCCGUAUAUACGACUGUUGGACUGAAUAAGGAGUGUGCGAAUGACGAAUAAUAAGACUAU